UCUUAGAUAAGAUUUCCUCAUUCAGCUCUGUGCCGCGCCACCCCGGUCGUGUAAAACACAACUGCCUGUGUGUCUGUCUGGCCAGAGCUGCGAGGAGCUUUUCUGGUGCUGCUGCAACCAAAACAGUCUCUUGGAUUUACGGUGGAUUUAAAAGUAUUUUCUCCCAAGUAUUAUGGAUGCUCGAGGGGUUUGGUUGAUGCUUUGCCUUCUCCUGCUGGCACGAUGCUCGUUCCAGCAGACCACCUCGAAGAGAAAAAAUGGCAAGAAAGACUCUGCAAACAGUGCUGCAAUAGAGGAGCUGAAGAAACAGAUUACUGACAUUCUUCAAGAGCUGAAUUUGCUGAAAGAGCAGCAAGCUUUACAGACAGUGUGUCUCCGAGGCUUCAAGAUCCUCGGCAAGUGUUUCCUGGCUGACCCGGUGAAGAAGACCUUCCACGCCGCCAGCGAAGACUGCAUCGCCAAGGGAGGCAGUCUGGCCACUUCUCUGUCAGGAGACGAGAACGACCAGCUCUACAGCUACGUACGUCAGAGCAUCGGCCCAGAGGAGCACAUCUGGCUGGGCAUCAACGACAUUGUGACCGACGGCCAGUGGGUGGACCAGUCAGGUGGCAGCGUGCGCUUUAAGAACUGGGAGACAGAGAUCACCCUGCAGCCGGACGGAGGACGCAGCCAGAACUGCGGCAUCCUCUCCACCACGGCCAACGGGAAGUGGUUUGAUGAGAGCUGUCGAGCUGAAAAGGCCUCCGUGUGCGAGUUCAACAUCGUCUGAGAGCUGCUUUUCUGAUAUUAACAUCACUCUGUGGAGGUUAACACUCGUGCAAACAUGCUUGCAGAAAAGAAUGAAACACGUAGAGCAUCGGGUACAUUUAUGCAAUGCAUUAAAAAAUAACAUCUUUUCUCAAUCAAGCCAUUCAGAUGUGAUUUCACACUGUGGUCUGAGAUAUACACUACAACUACAGUAUGUCAUUGUAUAAGCUAAACUUUUUGCAUACAUUCAAUAAACUUGUGUUUUCAAAUAUUCCAGCAUGUUCUCUAUAGCAUAUUAGAUAUUCAUCAUGGUAAACACCACUGGAUGGCUUGUCUUUGUUAUAUAUAUGUUUUUUAUAAAUUUGCUAAUCAAUGCAAUAAAACAUUUUUUUUACUGAAGAGCGAUCAUCAAUAGUGCUUUUUUUCUGAGGCACUGUCUUUAUUUCUAGUCCUGAAUGUAAAGUUAUGCUGCUUAUAUUACAUUAUAUAAUGUUAAUAAACACGUGUCUCCUCA